UGUCUCGAGCCGAGCCUCAAGCGAGCGCAGUGUGGCAUUGCAUAGCGAGUGGAGGCGUCUGCUUGCUUCUUUAAGUAUAUUCGUAUGAACAACACAACUACGGCUCACCUCUUCUUUUAAAGAUGUGGACAGAAGUCGGGAAGCUAAUGCUCUUACAUKUGUUACUAAUGGAGCUCCACUCCACCCAAGGAACUCAUACUGAUACGGUUUGCGAAACGGGUCAGUUUCAAUGCAAGAACGGAAGGUGCAUACCUACUCUCUGGAGAUGUGACGAGGACGAUGACUGCUCUGACAACAGCGAUGAAGAAAACUGUCCAAAGAAGACGUGUGCCACCACAGACUUUGCGUGUGAGAACGGCCAGUGUGUUCCCCAGCGGUGGCGCUGUGACGGGGAGCCGGAGUGUGCCGACGGAUCAGACGAGGCCGACGCUACGUGCAGUCGACAGAUGUGCCCACCUGAGAAGUUUGACUGCGGGGAUUCGGCCAGCAAGUGCGUCUCAUCGUCAUGGCGAUGUGACGGGGAGAGGGACUGUGAGAACGGGGCAGACGAGGACCAGUGUUCCGCAGACACCAAGGCCUGCCCCGCCAAGGACUUCCAGUGCCGUAACAGGAAAUGCGUAGCGCCCGUCUUUGUGUGCGACGGCGACRACGACUGCGGGGACGGGAGUGACGAGGGGAAGUGUUCCACCCCCACGUGCGGCCCCCAUGAGUUCCGCUGUAACGACUCGGAGUGCAUCCCGAACAUGUGGAGCUGCGACGGGGACCCGGACUGCGGGGACAAGUCUGAUGAGUCUAUGGAGCGCUGUAGUCGCCGGACGGAGCCCCAGAAACCCCGGUGCCCCGAGGGGGAGUUCCAGUGUGGCAGUGGAGAGUGUGUCCACCUCAACUGGAAAUGUGACGGAGACGCAGACUGCAAGGACAAGUCUGAUGAGGCUGACUGCGCUCUGCUGACCUGCCGUCCAGAUGAGUUCCAGUGUGGUGAUGGAUCCUGUAUUCAUGGCACCAAACAGUGUAACGGGGUCCAUGACUGUCCUGACUUCAGCGAUGAGGCUGGCUGUAUCAACGCCACUAAGUGUGAUGGCCCCAGGAAGUUUAUGUGCAAGAAUGGAGAGUGUAUCGACAGCAGCAAGGUGUGUGAUGCCAUCAAAGACUGCAAGGACUGGUCAGACGAACCUAUGAAGGAGUGCGGUGUGAAUGAGUGCGCAGACAACAAUGGAGGCUGCUCUCACAUCUGCAGAGACCGAAGGAUCGGCUAUGAGUGUGACUGUCCCGCUGGAUACAAACUAAUGGACAAGAAGACCUGUGGAGACAUAGACGAGUGUGAGAACCCUGACGCCUGCGGCCAGAUCUGCGUCAACUACAAAGGAGACUACAAGUGUGAAUGUUACGAGGGCUAUGAGAUGGACCCCAGCACCAAAUCCUGCAAGGCCGUGGGGAAGAGCCCGUACCUGAUGUUCACCAACCGUCACGAGAUCCGUCGUAUUGACCUAGUGAAGAAAGACUACACCCAGGUGGUCCCCACGCUGAAGAACGCUGUAGCCCUGGAUGUGGACGUCACCACCAACAAGAUGUACUGGUGUGACCUCUACCACCGCAAGAUCUACAGUGCAUACAUCAACAAGGCCAGUGAUUUGUCGGAGCAGGUGACUCUGAUCGAGACAGCUCUAACCUCUCCAGAGGGCCUGGCAGUAGACUGGGUUCACAARAACAUCUACUGGACCGACUCCGGAGACAAGACCAUCUCUGUCGCCACGGGAGACGGCAAGAAGAGGAGGAUCCUGAUUGCCACGGAGCUGAGCGAACCGCGUGCUAUCGCUGUGGACCCCCGACAAGGGUUUAUGUACUGGUCCGACUGGGGGACCCAGGCUAAGAUAGAGAAGGCUGGCAUGAACGGAGUGGACCGCCAGGUACUCGUGUCCGAGAGGAUUGAAUGGCCCAACGGCAUCACUCUGGACCUAUCUAACAGGCGUCUCUACUGGGUGGACUCUAAGCUGCACCUGCUCUCCAGCAUUGACCUAAACGGUGACAACCGCAAAGUGCUGCUGAGCUCCCAGAACCACCUGGGGCACCCCUUCGCACUCACCGUCUUCGAGGACCGUGUGUACUGGACAGACCUGGAGGAUGAGGCGAUCUACAGCGCUAACAGGCUAACAGGCCGCGACGUGGCUACGCUAGCCGAACACCUCAACAACCCUCUGGACGUAGUGGUGUUCCACGAACUACGGCAACCCAGAGCUCCAGACAGCUGUAACGUGGGCAGUCUACCUAACGGGGGCUGUGAGUACCUGUGUCUCAAAGCCCCACAGAUCACAGACCACUCCCCCAAGUACACCUGUGCCUGCCCCGAUGACAUGGAGCUCGGGCCCGACAUGAGACGCUGUGUCACAGUCAAACCCAAGACAACCACAGCAGCUCCUACCACAACCACCACUACUUCCACCCCGGCUCCGACUACAGCCACUACUACAACCACAGCUACUUCUACAACCACGACUCCAACCAGUACAACCACAGCUGCUCCCACAACCACCUCCACAACUGCGCGGCCACAUACGGCCAAAACCACACGUCAGCCCAGCACCACGCGGUCGACCACAGCUUCGACAACGUCCCCCCCUCCUCCUCCCCCCAGGAACACAGCUUCAUGGAGGACACCCCCCUCCACCUCCUCAUCCACCACCGCGUUGCCUGCGGCCUCCACCCCUGGUCCCCGCUCCACCUCCGCGCACAGCCCCCCUCUACCCCCGAACAACAUUCAGAGAGAGAACGCUAACCUCUCCCACCGCUCUGGGAAUGAACACUACCUUCUGGGUAACAACAUAACAGUGGCGAUCCUGGGUAUAGUGAUCCCUGUAGUUCCUAUCCUUGCCACAGUGGUCAUCGGCCUGCUCUGCACCGCCGGCUUCCUGGUCUGGCGUAACUGGCGCCGGAAGAACACGAAGAGUAUGAACUUCGACAACCCCGUCUACCGUAAGACCACGGAGGACGACGAUGACGAGAUUCACAUCGGCCGUACGGGAGAGUCCAUCGGUCACGUCUACCCCGCUGUGAGUGGCAGCGCCCACCAGCCAUUCAUAGCCCUGCCCCUGGGGGGCGGGAUCACAGACAGCAACUCCCAUUGGUACUCUGGGGCACCCGUGCACCCUGCCGGCAAAUGAGUUGAGAGUGGGUGGGACUUGGAAGCAGAGAGAGGGUUUGGGUGUAAGUCUCCUUAGGUCUGUGGAAGAAAGGGAGAGGCUUACAUCCUCACACACACAUACACACACACUUAAGUCACAAAAUCAUUCCAAACCCACCCUUGGUCAAAAACACUCACAUUGACGUUGAGCCCUUCAUCACCAGUCUACCACUACAUUAUCACUCUCUUCAUUCACCACUUUUGACAGUAUGUGUUACUGUGCUAUCGUUGUGCGUUAGGGAAGCACAGCGCUCGGUGUUUUGAGCUUUAUCUUCUCACCUCGGAAGACUUGGGCUGUAUCCCAAAUGACACCCCGUUCCCUAUAUAGUGCACUGCAUUUGAUCAGAGCCCUAUGGGCCUAUAUAGGGAAUAGGGUGCCAUUUGAGAUUCAGAUUUAGUGAAGGGAGAAUCCCUGGUUUUGUUCCUUUGGAGUGUAAAUUAGGCACAAGGGGAACGAAAACCAGAACAGAAAUUGCACCUUAGAUGAUGGGACAAUCUUUAAUCAUAUUAAUUUAUUCCAGAUUAUUCCGGUUUUAUAUGUAUUUCUCUAUGUAAAUAAGUGUUUUGUUUUUCUAGCAGUGUAUUUGUAAGGUAUCUUAGAUACAGACGAGCAGGUAAACAUGAACAUGAACCAGAGCAGACAAAGACAAAGAGGUAGGAUGGGUUAGCGCUAGGAUCAGUUGGCAUGGCGACAUGUGUGGCUGUGGUGGCGCCGUGUGGUAGAGACAGCGGGAGAUGGGCGUAGGUGACAGGUUAUACACACACACACAUACACACACAGUUGGUAUGCUACAGUGUUGUGCUAAGAGGCCGUGCUGAAAACCUGCUCCCCUUCAGAGUGCGUGGUGGGGAACAAGCUUCCUCCUGUGCUUUUGCUCUUCUCCUUCUCUUCUCCUCUCUUCUCCUCUUCUCCUCCUCUUCUCCUCUCUUCUCCUCUCUUCUCCU